CAGCAGAAGCAGCAGAAACAGCAGCAACAGCAACAGAGUCACUAGCACCAGCAGUGGCUAUAGUUACAACAGCAGCAUUAACAACUACAACAACCCAAUCAUCUAUGAAAGUGAAUGCUUUGCAGCAACAACAACAACAAGACGAAUACUCGCCCACACGAUUACAUCAAAAUUGCAACAAUUUUCAUCAACAGCACGAACAUCAUCAUCACUAUCGUCCAACAUCUCAUCAAGAGCCAGAAUACGAACACGAACAAUGCAUACACGGCAACUGCUAUCAAAACUUUCUAGAGACUCCUGCCGUGUACUGUCUACGUGCCGAUAAUACUGCCCAGAGUAUAACGCUCUCCUUUAAGGUGAGAAGAAAAUCAAAGCAUUUCAUCAAUACUCCACGAACUUCUCUUAAUUUACCUCUGUUUGACACCCUGAAACGAUUUCGCAGCAUACCUCUGAUACAGUUGCUGUGGCUGCUGUGCUGUCUCAGCAAUAUAUUUCACAAAUCGAUGGCCGAGUGCCCUAGUGUUUGUGAGUGCAAGUGGAAGAGUGGCAAAGAGUCUGUUUUGUGCCUUAACGCUAAUUUAACACAUAUCCCAGCUCCGUUGGAUGCUGGUACCCAAGCUUUGGAUCUGACCGGUAACGAAAUUGCCACCAUACCCGAUGACACCUUUGCCGAAGUGAAUUUAUUGAAUUUGCAAAAGGUAUAUUUGGCCAAAUGUCGACUGCGGCUAAUAGAGCGUUACGCGUUUCGUGGUCUUAUCAAUCUAGUAGAGUUGGAUCUAAGCUAUAAUGCUUUGGCUCAUAUACCUUCCGAUGCUUUGGAGAGUGUUACGGAACUGAGAGAAUUGAAAAUGAAUGGUAAUCCUAUAAUGAUAGUAGGCAAUGAUGCCUUUAAGAAAAUGCAGCAUUUGGUAAGACUGGAACUGAGUGAUUGUCGUGUGGAGAGAGUAGAGGUAAAGGCUUUUGCUGGUCUAGAGUCUAGUCUGGAAUAUUUAAAGUUAGAUGGCAAUAAAUUGUCUGAAGUGAGAUCGGGUACUAUAACGUCACUAACAAAUCUGCAUGGCAUUACUCUGUCCCGCAAUCAGUGGAAUUGUUCCUGUGCUUUAAGACCUUUAAGAUCUUGGAUGUUAAGAGAGAAUAUACCCUGUGGUAUACCGCCAGUAUGUCAAAAUCCUCCCCGUUUAGCGGGCAAGUCAUGGGACAAAAUAGAUUUAGACGAUUUUGCCUGUGUGCCACAAAUUAUAGCCACUGAUACGACAGCUCAUGGAGUAGAAGGUAGAAAUGUAACCAUGAGCUGUUAUGUGGAAGGAGUACCAGAGCCUUCCGUUAAAUGGAUGGUGAAAAAUCGUGUAAUUGCCAAUCUAACCGCCACCAAUGGGGAUAGUCCUUCAAACAGCCCCAGAACAGCGGCUGCUAUACAAGGCAGAAAAACAUAUGUGGUAAAUAUGUUACGAAAUGCCUCCAAUCUCACCAUACUCACGGCUGAUAUGCAAGAUGCUGGCAUUUAUACUUGUGCAGCUGAAAAUAAAGCCGGAAAGGUGGAAGCAUCUGUUACGCUGGCUGUAUCUAGACGACCGCCAGAGGCUCCUUUAGGAUUUAAAGUUAUUUUACUCUGCAUAUUCAUUGCUCUACUCUUUGUAGCCGGCUCAUCAUUUGCUGCCAUAUGUUUCUGUUCAUUGCGCCGCAAAAGGAAAAUGCGUUUGUGGAAUACUAUGCCGCAGGGUCGUACAGAAAGUUAUGAAAAAAUCGAAAUGACUUCACGUAUUACGGGUGGUGGUGGCAUUGGUGGAGCUGGCAAUAAUGGCGGACCUACCAACAAACCGGAUUUGGGUGGCAAAACUGGUAUGCAGGAAACAAGCAAAAACGGCAGCACACAGGGACAAAUUUUUCAUGACAAUGAAAACGGCUAUUUGUGCUCUGCCACUACCCCACUCAAUUGUGGCUCUGAUGACGGGGGUGAUACGGGUGGUGCAAUCAUUAAUCCCAGCGGUGGCAGUUCCAAACGUAAUGGUGAUUAUCGUAACAUACCCACGCAUUGCGAUGAUGACGAUAACGAUCAUAUGCAGCAUCAACAGCAACAUCAUCAGGGCUUUGGUGGCGGUAGUCACAAAACCUACCAACGCAGUCUAUUGUUGGCAUCUACCACAACACACAAUGGUACACUGACAACAACAACAACCUCUUUAACAGCGCCGAGGUGGAAAACGGGUUCAGCAUUUCAAUCAUCUACACCUCAGGACACAGUAAUGCAUUUGGAUGGCGGCGUUAGUGGCACACAAACGAGUGGCUUAAAAGACGACACAGAUUUGCAUAUACCACGUCUUAUUGAUAUUGGGUCUACUCCCGAUUCUGCCUCAGCCUCUAUAUCUAGUAAAGUUGAUGCUGCUUCAAGGCAAAGUUCGGCCUACAAUCAUGUUGCCAAUUGGGUAACCACCUCUAUAGCAACAACGAAAAUAACAUCACCCCACAGUAAUCUUAAUAACAAUCAUACAACAGUGGACUAUUAUAGUCCCAAAGAAGAGGCCAAUUCAUCAAUAUUUAGUGGCAAAGACUCAUCAGAUAAUGAUCUCUUCGAUAGUAACUAUCCGGAUCUGUUAGAUAUAGCUAAAUAUGCGGUAGCUCAGGCUACAAGUACAAAUCAAACUAAUGGCGCUUUAUGUACUCUGCCCAGAAAAUUAAAGAAUACCGGUAAAUACUUUAAAAAUUCCUCGGAUAGUCAAUCACCUUUGCUGGCGGAUAAUUCGAGUAAGUAUGGCAGCAGUACUUUAGGAGAUGCUAGUUAUCUUAAUGAAAUCGCUUUGGGUAGAAGAUUCUCGGCGGAAUCUUCAUACUCCACCUAUGGCAGUACAGUAACUUAUACCAAGGGACAAAGAUCGAAUAGUUUUUUGAAUCUGGUGCAUAGUUCAAGUAAAAAUACUUUAGCUUCUUCUAAUAAUAAUAAUAAAACAACAGUAACGAGUAGUAGCACGGCUGCGCGCAGAAAUCCCUCAUUACCCUCUUCACCGGUGCAUGAGUAUCAGCAGCAUCAAAGAUCAUUUAGUUCGGCUGCUACUCCUCUACUGGACUUUAGCUCUCUAACCAAUAGAUCUACGGCCACUACCGGCUCGGCCGUUACACCCAGUGGCUUAAGUACUUCAAUGCAUUGCAGUAGCACUAGUACCACCACACCCGUAACGGCCUAUGACUAUCAUGCAGCCCAGCUGGAACGUUUUCUCGAAGAGUAUCGCAAUCUACAAGAUCAAUUGUGUAAAAUGAAAGAGACUUGUGAGACCAUACGCAAAAAAGAAGUACCCCUUAGAGUGGGUAUGGGUCAUUCGGCCCAUGCCGCUGAUCCUGUGAUGUAUAAUGCUGCUUUGGCUGCGGCCAGCAGUCCUACUAGUAAUCCAAAAAUGACUUUAAAAUCGAAAACUACACUACCGGGACAACCACCAGAUCCUCCGCCAUAUUGGCUGCAUCGCAAUGCAAUGCUAAAGCGUUUAAAUGAACCCCAGAAUGAUAUAUUUAAAAGCUAA